GUUGAGACAGGGUUUUGCCCAGUUACUAAUGGUCUCACUAGGAUGACGAGGCUUGCCUUGAACUUGUGAUCCUCCUGCUUUAGCCUCCCAAGUUGCUAGGAUUAAGUGAGUGUACCACUAUGCUUGGCUUAGGACAGUUUUGACAAGGACUUAAUAAGUCUUUGCUGUGGUUGUCAUAUUACCUCGGAAGAGGAAAGACCCCUAUUUAUGUGAGUUAGGGUAUGGCCAAAAUGACCCUAUGGGGACACAGGGAAGAGGUCCAGGGUCUCUAGAACCCAUUCCUUUUUUGCCUCUGCUGCCUGCGGCUGAUAAACCUCUUAUCUGGCCCAGGCAGGGGAGCCCAGGGUCAGGAUAGGAGGAGAGGGCAGGGCUGCUAUCAGCCACCAGGCCUGGGCCCUAUCAGAGAAGGGGAGGGGCUGUCUGCACUUCCCAAACACUCCUUGGGGAUCCCCCACUUACUCUCAGGAAGAAAAGACUGAGACCCAAAAACUGAAGACACAGGAGGAAAGCUGGGGUGACUCCUGAUAUUUCUUCCCAAGAUGGAAAACCAAACCAAAUUUAAGAAGUUCAGAAGAUCUGACCCUGUCUCUGGCCAGGAAUAUAAUUUUGGAGAGUGAGAAGUAGGGCAAGGAGAAAGCACCUUGUUUGAAAAAAAGGUUGUGGAGGCCCUUCGGGCUUUGGGGGACCCUGGCCCAGAUCCUGGCCCAGUAGGAUGCCCCCGUGUCCUCCCCAGCAGAGCAGGAACAGGGUGACACAGCUGCCUACUGUAGAGCUGGGCGAGAUGGAACUGACUUGGCAAGAGAUCAUGUCCAUUGCUGAGCUGCAGGGUCUAAAUGCUCCAAGUGAGCCAUCCUUUGAGCUCCAAGCCCAGGCCCCAUACCCUGGACCUCCACCACCCCCAACCUACUGUCCCUGUUCAAUCCACCCAGAUCCAGGUUUUCCACUUCCUCCACCACCUUAUGAGCUCCCAGCAUCUGUGACUCAUGUUCCAGAAGACCCCCCAUACUCCUAUGGCAACAUGGCCAUUCCAGUCUCUAAGCCACUGACCCUUUCAGGCUUGCUCAGUGAGCCCCUCCCAGACCCCUUAACCCUUCUAGACAUUGGGCUGCCAGCGGGGCCACCCAAGCCCCAAGAGGACCCAGAAUCAGACUCAGGAUUAUCCCUCAACUACAGUGAUGCUGAAUCUCUUGAGCUGGAGGGGACAGAGGCUGGCCGGCGGCGGAAUGAGUGUGUAGAGAUGUAUCCAGUGGAGUACCCUUACUCACUUAUGUCCAACUCUAUGGCCCACCCCAACUAUGCCUUGCCCUCUGCUGAGACCCCCAUGGCCUUAGAGCCCUCCUCAGGCCUGGUGCGCACUAAGCCUACUGCACGGGGUGAGGCAGGAAGUCGGGAUGAGCGUCGGGCUCUGGCCAUGAAGAUUCCCUUUCCUACAGACAAGAUUGUCAACUUGCCGGUAGAUGACUUUAAUGAGCUGUUGGCACGGUAUCCGUUGACUGAAAGCCAGCUGGCACUAGUUCGGGACAUCCGACGUCGGGGCAAGAACAAGGUGGCUGCCCAGAACUGUCGUAAGAGAAAGCUGGAAACCAUUGUGCAGUUGGAACGAGAGCUGGAACGGCUGGGCAAUGAAAGGGAGAGGCUUCUCAGGGCCCGGGGAGAGGCAGACCGUACCCUAGAGGUCAUGCGCCAACAGCUGGCAGAGCUGUAUUGUGACAUUUUCCAGCACCUUCGGGAUGAAUCUGGCAACAGCUACUCCCCUGAUGAGUAUGCUCUGCAACAGGCUGCAGAUGGGACCAUCUUCCUGGUGCCCCGGGGAACCAAGAUGGAGGCUACAGAUUGAACUGGCUCAGAGAAGGGGACUGAUAAAGGGAACCUUGAGAUCCAGAAGACACUGAGUUCAUUAGAACUAAAGAAGGGGGAACCCUGGCAUUUGGAAGCUACAAGUUGUGUUUGAAGAGGUUUGCCUUGCCUGGGGAUGCAGCUGUGGAAGAUGAUUUGUUUGCUUGCAUAGCAUGCUUAGCAAGUACAAAACCCUGGGUUUAAUCUUCUGCACUGCAAACAAACAAACAAAAACAGGGGGUGGGGGGGGUUUGAGGGUGGGGAAGGAGCUUAGCUUCUCAGGCCUCCAACCUCCACCUCUAGACUUUGGUCUAUAAAAAGUUCUGCAGAAAUAGCUUUCCACCGUUUUCUUUCUUGAGGGACCUGGGUACUCCCUAUGACACUGCUUGUUGGGGUGGGGAGGGAAGCCUAGGUAUUUAUCUACCUUCAUCCCCCUUUAAGAGACAGGGAUAAUGGAUGAUCUGAGGAACCCGUCUCUCUCUGAAGACCCAUUAAUAAAGUUGGGAAAGGUGCCAAAACUG